AUUUGUAAUUGACUCUAAAGUAAUCAUCGAUCCAUCUGAAUUGUUGAGCGGUGUUCAAAGUUUCAUCCCAAAGUCCCAUUCUUGCUACCGAUCCUUCUCCUUAUCACUGUCUCAUUGAAUGAAGUAGGGAUCGUUUUUCAUGUCUCCGGCACCGGCGACAAUCUCACGGCAGCCUAAUGCAACUUGACGCAAAUUGGUCAAAUUUCGUGCACUCGAUCCUUUACUUUUAAAUACUUGGGCUUUUAUUUUCAGAUAGAGAGGGAGAAGCAACGGCUACAUCCGAUUGAUUCUGUGCUCUUGCAACCAAAACCCUAAAUCCAAGAAUUAGGCAUUUGUUUGUUCUACUUUAGGAUUGGAAGUCAGUCAACAAAUAGGAGAUGGAUACGAGUAAUUGGAGGCCUACACAGGGUGGAAGUGCCGGUGGUGGUGACUCCUCUAUGGAAUCUGCUGAUUGGAGGUCUCAACUGCAAGCAGAUUCACGGCAAAGGAUCGUGAACAAGAUAAUGGAUACCUUGAAGAGGCAUCUACCGUUCUCUGGACAUGAGGGGCUACAGGAACUUAAGAAAAUAGCUGUGCGGUUCGAAGAGAAGAUUUAUACUGCUGCAACAAGCCAGUCUGACUAUCUGCGAAAGAUAUCCUUGAAGAUGUUGACUAUGGAAACUAGAUCACAAAAUUCCAUGUCAGAUGCAAUUCAGUCAAACUCUGCUGCUAAUAGUGUAAACCCCUCAGAUCCAGGGUCUCAGGUCAUGCAGCAAGUGAACAACCAAGGGCAACCCCUUCCUAUUUCUGUGCCCUCUAACCAUCCUCAACCAGGGCAACAAAUGUUGUCACAGAGCAUUCACAAUAACAUUAGUUCAACUGGAAUGCAAGGUUCUUCUAGUUUAUCAUCUGCACUACCACCUGGUAGUGGCUUACCACAAUCUACUAUGGCAAAUGGUGCUGGCCAAAAUUCUAGCUUGCAGAACAUUCAAAACAUGUCUGGGGUUCAACAAAAUUCUGUAGGAAAUACAAUGGGGUCAGGAGUGCCUCCAAAUAAUUUUGCAAAUCAAAGGCAGAUACCAGGAAGGCAACAACUUGCUCCCCAACAGCAGCAGCAACAAUCUCAAAACAACCAUUAUCUUUAUCAGCAGCAGUUGCAUCAAAUUGCAAAACAGAAGCUACAGCAUAGCAAUAUCACACCCUCGAUGCAGUCACACAUUCAACAACAGCAGCAGCAGCAACAGAACUUGCUACAGCCAGGUCAUUUGCAAUCAUCUCAACAAUCUGCUAUGCAACCCACAAUGAUGCAGACAUCUUCUCUCUCUACAGCUGUUCAAAAUCAGCAGCCUGUUGUACCACAAUCAUCACAACCUYUGAUUCAGCACCAUCAACAAUCAGUCCUAAGACAACAAAGACAGCAGCAACAAGCUCCUAUUGCUCACCAGCAGCAAGUACAACCAUCACAGGCGCAGCAACAGCAGACUCAGUCACAGCCAAAUUCAAUGGGACAACAGGCAAAUGCUACAAACAUGCAACAGAACCAGCUCAUUGGACAACAAAAUAGUUAUUCUGACAUGCAGCAGCAAAGGUUGCUAGGCCAGCAAAAUAAGCUUUCAAGCGUACAGCAGCCGCAGCAACACUUAAUUGGUCAACAUAACAAUCUUUCUAGUAUGCAACAGCAACAUAUGGUCUCUCAAACUGGUGGUGGAUCAGUGCAGCAGCAGCAGUUGCUCGGAACUCAAUCUGGUAACUCCAGCAUGCAGACUAAUCAACAUCCAGCGCACAUGCUACAAUCGAAGAUUCCAAUUCAACAACAGAAUCAGCAGAGCUCAGCUACUUUGUUGCCAACACAAGUUCAACAAUCACAACCACAACUACAGCAGCAGGUGAUGUCACAUAUACAAUCACAGUCAGGUCAGUUGCAGCAGCAGGUAGGCAUGCAACAACAGCCAAAUCUGCUGCAACGGGAUAUGCAACAAAGGCUUCCGACAUCAGGUGGCUUUCAGCAGCAAAACGUAAUUGAUCAGCAGAAACAGCUAUUCCAACAACAAAGACCUAUGCCAGAGGCUUCAUCAACAUCAUUAGAUUCCACAGCUCAGACAGGCAAUCCAAAUGGCGGAGAUUGGCAAGAGGAAGUGUAUCAAAAGAUAAAAGCUAUGAAGGAUCUGUAUCUACUAGAUUUGCAUGACAUGCACCAGAAAAUCCUCGGAAAGUUGCAGCAGCACGAUUCUCUUCCUCAGCAACCAAAGAAUGAGCAACUUGAGAAGCUGAAAGUAUUUAAAAAUAUGUUGGAGCGUUUCAUGGCGUUCUUACAAAUCCCUAAGCACAAUAUAUUGGCUAAUUAUAAAGACAAGCUGGGUACUUAUGAGAAGCAGAUUGUAAAUGUCAUUAACUCAAAUAGGCGGAAACCUGCAGCCACACAGCAGCAAACACAAACACUACCUCCGUCUCACCUGCCUUCUGUGCAGCAAUCACAACAGACGCAUUCACAAUUGACACAAGUGCAACCACAUGAAAAUCAGAUGAAUUCCCAAAUGCAAACGGUGAAUUUACAGGGUUCUAUGGCAGCAAUGCAACAGAAUAAUAUGGGGAGUUUGCAGCAAAAUUCAGUCUCUUCUGUAUCAGGAGCUUCAAAUGCUCAACAGAACAUGAUGAGUUCCAUACAGCCUAAUUCUAAUCUCGAUUCAGGACAGAAUAGUACAAUGAACUCAUUGCAGCAGGUCAGUGGUGGUUCCCUACAACAAAAUGCAGUGAGUGGUCCUCAACAAGGAAACAUAAAUCCAUUGUCAUCUCAUAGUGGGAUGGGUACGCUACAGCAAAACUCUACUAUGCUUCAACACCAGCAUAUAAAACAGCAGGAACAGCUUCUUCAGAACCAGCAACUGAAGCAAUUUCAACAGCGCCAAAUGCAGCAACAAUAUCUGCAUAAACAGCUGCACCAGCAGCAGCAGCAGCAGCAGCAAUUUCAUCAGCAAACAAAGCAGCAGCAACAAAGUGGGCCGUUGCAAGGAAACCAACUAUCUCAGCUUCAUCAGAUAAAUGAUGGCAGUGACUUGAAACUUAGACAGCAGAUGACUAUGAAGUCGGGUGCUUUUCAGCAACAUCAUGCAGCAGCCCAGCGUUCAGCUUAUCACCAACAAUUGAAAUCAGGUGCUCCGUUUUCACCUCAACUCCUCCCAGCUGCAUCUCCACAAAUGUCACAGCAUCCAUCUCCACAGAUUGACCAGCAAAACCUGUUCAACUCCCUCACUAAACCUGGUACACCUUUGCAGUCUGCAAAUUCACCAUUUGCUGUACCUUCUCCUGCAACUCCCUCUGCUUCUCCUAUCCCAGGGGAGUUAAUGAGUGGUGUUUCAUCACUGUCUAAUGGUGGGAACCUUGGACAUCAACAACCAACUGCUGCAGUCUUACCUUCUCAAUCUCUUGCUAUUGGCACACCCGGGAUAUCGGCCUCGCCUUUACUCGCAGAGUUCACUAGUCCAGAUGGAAACCAUGGUGUUGUGGCAUCAAUUGGAUCCGGAAAGUCGAGUGUUACAGAACAGCCUCUAGAUCGCUUACUCAAAGUGGUAAAGUCGAUUUCACCAAAAGCUUUGAGUGCCUCAGUUAGUGACAUUGGUUCAGUUGUCAGUAUGAUUGAUAGGAUAGCAGGAUCAGCACCAGGUAAUGGAUCGCGGGCUGCCGUUGGUGAGGACUUGGUUGCCAUGACAAAAUGUCGUCUUCAGGCUAGAACGUUUGUCACUCAAGAUGGAAACAACGGAACAAGGAAGAUGAAACGCUUUACGAGUGCAAUGCCAUUAAAUGUUGUAUCAUCUGUUGGUAGCGUGAAUGAUAGUUUCAAGCAAUUGAAUUGUGCUGGGACUUCAGAGCUGGAUUCAACUGCAUCUUCUACAAUCAAAAGGCCCCGGAUUGAGACUAAUCAUGCCCUGUUGGAAGAAAUAAAGGAGAUAAAUCAGGGACUCAUAGAUACUGUUGUAGAUAUUAGCGAGGAAGAUAAUGAUCCGGCUGCAGCUUCCGAGGGUGGUGAUGGAACCGUUGUUAAAUGCUCGUUUUGUGCUGUAGCUCUUGGUCCAAACUUGAAGUCACAAUAUGCUUCAGCGCAAAUGUCACCUAUUCAACCAUUACGAUUGCUUGUUCCUGCAAAUUAUCCAAAUUGUUCCCCAAUACUCUUGGAUAAGUUUCCUAUUGAAGUCAGCAAGGAGUACGAAGAUCUAUCGGUAAAGACCAAGUCAAGGUUCAGUAUCUCUUUGAGAAGCCUUUCACAGCCGAUGUCGCUUAAAGAAAUUGCAAGAACGUGGGAUGUGUGUGCUCGUGCGGUUAUAUCGGAGUAUGCUCAGCAAAGUGGUGGUGGUACCUUCAGCUCUAAAUACGGUGUCUGGGAGAACUGCUUAAGUGCUGCAUAGUCUUGUUUCUCUUCUUCCUUCUUCGAGACUAAACAAAAGUAUUGUUACCCAACCAUCCUCCAUGCUUUCAUUGUACGAUAUCACCAUCACCAUCACCAUCACCAUCAUCAUCAUCAUCAUCAUCACCAUCACCAUCACCAUCACUAUCACCAUCAUCAUCAUCAUCAUCAUCAUCACCAUCACCAUCAUCAUCAUCAUCAUCACCACCAUCAUCAUCACCAUCAUCACCAUCAUCAACAUCAUAGGUAUACAUGAUAAAUAGUUAUGUUCCAGAAUUUUAUCUUGUCGUAAGAAAUGCGAUACUUCUUUUGGGAAAUUUUCAUGUUAAGAUUGGUUGUAAUCUUGUAUGGUUGUUGCAACAUUUUAAUGAAGUUUAAAGGUAACAAGUUUGGCUUUUUGUAUUGAAUU